CACCUCAAAAAUUGUCAAAAAACAUAAUCAUCUCACAUCUCCUAACUUCUCUUCUUACUUACAAUUAUUUUUCUAAGUGUGUUUAACAAUAAUGGGUGGUACCAAGAUACUUGUAGCACUGUUUCUUUGCCUCAUGGUGUCUUCUACCUUGGGGCAAUUCUCGUCGCACAAGAGGCUGAGCUACCAAGCUCAGCAAUGCCGCCUUAGCCGGCUGUCGUCGAACGAGCCGAAUCAAAGGUUUGAAUUUGAAGGAGGAUUGAUUGAAUUGUGGGAUGAAAAUGAAGAGCAAUACCAAUGCACUGGUGUUCAUGCAAUGAGAGUUACUGUUCAACAGAAUUCUCUUGCUUUGCCUAACUUUUCUCCUUUCCCUGUGCUUGUUUACAUCGAACGAGGUGAAGGGAUAUUGGGAGUGACCUACCCAGGAUGCCCAGAAACAUACCACUCAUCAGGUGGAAGACAAGAAGGAUAUCGAGGGGAAGAAGAGAGAGGAUUUAGCCACAGCAAAGACCUCCACCAGAAGGUUCACCGCUUCAGGCGCGGCGAUAUCUUGGCCAUCCCUCCCGGUGCUGUUCACUGGUGCUACAAUGACGGUAACGAAGAGGUUGUUGCUGUCCAUGUUGCUGAUCUCAACAACCCAGCCAACCAACUUGACCAAAGUUUCAGGGCAUUCUACUUAGCAGGUGCAUCAGAGAAUUCAGGACAAAGAGGCAUUAGACGUCUAGGAGACAGGCACGGCCAACGGCAAUUCAACAACAUCCUCAGCGCCUUCGACUCCGAGCUCUUGGCCGAGGCAUUUGAUGUGCCAGAGGAGUUGAUUAGGAGAGUGCAGCAACCUGAGAACCGAGGUUUGAUUGUAAGAGUGGAGAAGGGAGAGAUGAGAAUCCUUGCACCCGAAGGCGAACAAGAGUACGAGUAUGAAAGGAGAAGGAAGUAUAUGGGACUCGAUAUCAAUGGAUUGGAGGAGACUAUUUGCACCAUGAGGUUGCGCCAUAGCCUUGACAACCGUAGGGAGGCCGACGUUUUCUCCCGCCACGGUGGAAGGCUCAACAUUGUCAAUGAGCACAAGCUCCCAAUCCUUAGAUACUUGGACAUGAGUGUGGAGAAAGGAAACAUGUUCCCGAACACACUCUACUCUCCACACUGGGCAAUCAACAGCCACAGCAUCAUCUACGUAACUCGCGGCGAGGCACACAUCCAAGUAGUCGGACACCAAGGCCAAACCAUCAUGGAUGACAGAGUAAGGGAAGGCGAAAUGUUUGUGAUCCCACAAUACUUUGCAGCAACAGCUAGAGCAGGAAACCAAGGGUUUGAGUAUGUGUCCUUUAAGACAACCAGCAGCCCCAUGAAGAGUCCUAUGGUAGGAUAUACCUCAGUUUUCAGGGCAAUGCCAGUCCAAGUUUUAACGAACGCCUACCAAAUUUCGCCGUCGGAAGCUCAAGAGCUUAAGUACAACAGGGAGCACCAAACUUUCUUCCUCCCUUCUGGAAGAGGUGGAAGGAGCACCAGGUUUUAAACAAGGAAAGUGUUUUAGUGUACUACUAUCUUUUGUUAAUGCUACUUUUGGUGAUGACGCUACCUUUCGCUUUAUGUUUGUACUUAGAAAAGAGAUGGAGGAGUAGAGAGAAAGAGAGAGCUUCUUUUGUUAUGUGAAAAGAGGCUACUUUGCUUUAGAUGUAAUGGCAAUGACUUGCUUUAGAAUAAGGUUUGUACUAAUAAAAAUGAGGUUUCUCACUUUCAAUGUUAAUAAAUUUUGGUUUUAGUUUCA